CGCACGCGUUCGUAACUUUGUAAACAAUCGAGGGAAAGAAAAAUGAAUUUGAGUUUUCAACAGACAUAUAGUAAAAGCAAAAAUAAUGGCACCAUUUCGUUAACAACACGCCAACAAGUUUCGCCAGAGCGACUAAAGGAACUACAGUCCGGCGCUGGUGAGCUGUUUCUUUCGAGCAUCUCAAAGUCGCAGACCGUAGAGCAGGUCAUGCAAGUGGCCCUUCAGCUGGGUGAUGUGUACAAGAUUCGCUUCAAGAUUGAUUACUCGGGUAGCAGUCGUGGCUAUGCUUACCUUCAGUACCUCGCUGAUGUGCACAUCGAACGCACAAUUAAGUAUUUGCAAAAAAAAUUUAACCAUGCCCAGUUUAAGAUUGCCGUGUGCGAGUCGAGAAACAUUAGAAAACUUUUGCUCAAAAAAGUCUAUCAUAUGACUCCCCUUGAGGUAUAUGAGAAACUCCGACAACUCAACCACUACGUCAAGUUAGUCAUUAUUGAGUAUGAGCCACGACGUUACGCAUACAUCAUAAUAUAUCGCAAUAGCGAUGAAGCCGGCGAGGCUUACGCGGCUUUUCGAUCGACGAUAUCGAACUUUGGACCAGAUGCAGUUGUUCAGUGGUUCGAUAAGACCUACAAGAAUAGAGCCAAUUUAGAUUUUGGAUGCUGUCAGCGUGUGCAACGCGGUGAAUUCGAUGCUCAAGAGAAGCUGUAUGCAUUGGUUCAGGCCAAGUGCUGCUGCUUUAGCAUCUGAGUGCAAUGGAAUGGAAUUGGUAUACAUAAAGAAUAUACCAUAAAUUUAAUAAUCAACUUUAAGAAUUAUAGCUUUUUCACUUUUGUGAUAAUAAAUACGAGCAUGAAGCAC